UUAGUGAAAAAUGGACGAACGCGUGUUGGGAUAAAAAACGAACUUUUGAAAGUAUGCAUUGAAAUAUUGCAAUUUCGGGAGAAUAUCUAGGCGAAAUUUAUCUUUUUUGGUAGUACAUUUGGAAGAUAUGUCGUAUAGGGUGUAUUUCGGUCGUUUACCAGAGAGUUUGAGUCAAGAUGAGUUUGAAAAACUCCUUGCUGAACACGGCAAAGCGAGGAAUAUAGAAUGGAAAUCAGGGUAUGCAUAUGUGGACUAUAAACACAGUUCUGAUGCGUCCAAAACUGUUCUGAAUCUUAAUGGCAAAGAGGUGGGUGGAAAUAAUAUCUUGGUAGAACUUGCUCAGAAUGGUGCUGGUGGGGGUUAUGCUGUCUCUGGGUCAUUUGCCCCUCGUCCCUUUGUAAAACCCCCAUUACCCCGACCUAUCAGAACUCCCCAUCGUGUCCGCAUUGAGAACUUGUCAAGCCGUGCGAAGUGGAUGGAGUUGAAGGAGCUGUUAUCAUUAGCAGGGGAAGUGACUUUUGCCGACACACACAAGCGUGUUACAGGCGAAGGAAUCGUUGAGUUUGCAACUAGAAAGGAUAUGGACGAAGCAAUUAAGACCUUUCAUAACACAUCAUUUUAUGGUAAAACUAUAAAACUAUAUGAUGAGUCGCCUAGAAGCAGAUCAAGAUCACCUUCAGACAAAAAAAGUCGCUCACAUUCAAGGCAUCGUUCAACAGAAAAGAAAAGACAUAGUCAUUCAAGAUCCACAUCACCUCGGCGUAAAUCAACCUCCUCUAGACGUCGUUCACGCUCACCACGAAGAAAAUCAAGAAGAUCUCAUUCAAGGGACAGAAAUAGGUCACCCAAGAGAAGAGGUUCAAGAUCUAGGACUCCAAAACGUAAUUCUCAUAAAAAGUCUAAACGCCAUUCAUCCCCUUAUUCGAAGUCCCCCAGACGAAACAAACAUAAACGCAGCAGGUCGAGUUCACAUUCAAAUUCUGACAAUAACAAUGACUCAAAAAGAAAAUCAAGAACUAAGGGAAAGAAAAAACACUCAUCUGAUACUUCAUGUAGUGAUAGUUCAGAUAGUGAUUAAACAAUGUGAUUUUAUCGCAUGAAAUCAUGAAAACUAAAUAUUGUUUUAUGCUGGAAUGAGGCUGGAAUUCAGUAAAUGAAAACUAUUGCAGCCUUAUUUUUGUGUUCUGUCACAGUGUAUGAUACAGAUAUUUUGUGGGCUUUUACUAAUUUUGACAGUGUGUAUUUUUAUAUAGUUAGUUUUCCCUUUCAUAAUUAUUUACAACUUUCUCCACAAAGCACAAAGAAAGUUUCAAAACAAAGUUUCUGCGAGCUAUAGUUCUAUAUUUGUUUUAAAAUUGUUCUUAUGCAUUUGUUCAUUGAGACAUUGUUUUCAAAAUACUAUUUAUGGAGGUCUUAAGAUCUGCUUCGGUCAUUUUCAAUUUUGCCUCCAAGACCGUUUGCAUUGUUGUAAUACUUUCAUACACAACCCUGAAUGCUUCUCUGUAACUGUCUUUAAUUGAAUUAUAAGAUUUUUCCAAUGA